AUGGCCACUGCGGUCCCCGAAACAGAAAGCGAGCACAGAUAUGUUGAAGAUGAUCGAGUCGAGCUCCAAGACUCCGAUGCCUGGGACAAGCUUGGUUACAGCUUUCCAACGUGGCGGAAAUGGCAGAUUCUCUGCGUCGUCUUCUUGAUCCAAAUCUCCAUGAAUCUCAAUGCCAGCAUGUAUGCCAAUGCUGUCGAUAGCAUUUCCGAAAACUUCGGCGUCAGUCAGCAGGUCGCACGAAUCCCGCAGAUGACGUUCCUGGUAGCAUACGCGUUCGGAUGUGAACUAUGGGCUCCGUGGAGCGAAGAGUAUGGGCGCUGGCCAAUCCAGCAGCUCAGCUUAUUCCUCGUCAACAUCUGGCAAAUCCCCUGCGCAAUAUCGAAGCACUACGGCACCUAUGUCAUUUGUCGCUUCCUUGGUGGUCUUUCAACUGCUGGCGGAUCCGUGACCCUCGGAGUCCUUGCAGACAUGUGGGAGCCCGAUGACCAAGAAUACGCUGUCGCGUUCCUCGUUCUCUCUUCUGUCGGUGGCUCAGUCGUCGGCGCUAUCAUCGGCGGCUUCGUUCAGCAAUACAAGUCCCUUCCAUGGAUUUUCUGGACCCAGCUUCUUGUCGGCGGAGGAGUGCAGCUAGUCCAUCUCGUACUCAAUCCCGAAACGCGUGCGACGAUCCUUCUCGACCGUGAAGCUAAGCGGAGACGCAAGACCGGGGAAGAUCCGAACAUCUAUGGGCCGAAUGAAAUCCUCGGGAGCAAGCUUUCGCCUAAAGAGUUUUGGACUAUCUUCUAUCGCCCUUUCUACAUGUUCUUCACCGAGCCGAUUGUGCUCUGGCUCUCGCUACUCAGUGGCUUUAGCGACGCGCUUAUUUUCACGUUUCUCCAGUCCUUCCAGCCAGUAUACAAGCAAUGGGGCUUUGGCACUGUCGGCAUAAGUCUGGCCUUCAUCCCUCUCCUUGUUGGCUAUAUCCUAGCUUACUUCUCCUAUUUGCCCUCCAUUCACCACUUCCGCAAGAUUCGUCGCCGCGACCCCGACCGCCUCAAACCCGAAGUACGCCUAUGGUGGCUCCUAUUCCUCGCACCUCUCGAGGCAAUCGGCCUUUUCGGCUUCGCAUGGACCUCGCUCGGGCCUUCUUACGGGAUCCCUUGGAUCGCUACUAUGAUUUUUUCUACCAUGGUUGGUAUUGCAAACUACGCAAUUUACCAAAGUAGCAUCGACUAUAUGACCGCCGCUUAUGGGCCAUACGCUGCCAGUGCUACAGGAGGUAACGACCUUGCAAGAGACUUUCUAGCUGGUAUCGCGGCGUUGUACAGUACGCCAAUGUAUACAAACAUUCCGGGCAGACCGCUUGAGUAUGCCAGCACCAUUCUGGCUUGCAUCUCUGUCGUGGUCACAAUUCCAAUCUACGUCUUCUAUCGCAAGGGUCCGGAGAUCAGAGCGAAGUCGAAGUUCGCGCAGAGUAUUGAUCAAACGAGAGAGAAGAGUAGGAAGAAGAGGAAGAGUGUUUCCGGGCCCGGAGGUUCGACCACCAAGCAUAUUGAGCGUGUGUAGAUAACAUGGUCCCUCUCGAUGCAGCUCUUGGUGGCCCUGAAGUCAACUCAGGUAAUUACGAUCUUUGGCACAUGGGUACACAUACGUGUCUGAUAUUCCAAUCCAAUCUUAAAGACGUUCUACAGUACAUGCAGUGUUUUCUCUUCUAAGAAG